AUGUCCAGCUCAACCCUCGACGAGAGCCUAACCACCUUCCUCAAGACUCACGCCCCGAACAACGCGGGCGCCGAGACAGACGCUGUCAAGGCCUCCCAAACCCUCUUCCCUGAGGUCGCAUACACGGACGCCGAGAAAGCUGAGCUCAGCCAAUGGCUCAUCACCGCCUCUCACAUUGCCUCGUCUUCUGAGGACGCUGCAAAGUCCUCUGAGCGCCUGUCAUCUCUCAACACACAUCUCUCGAGCCGGACUACACUGCUCGGUGCCAAACCCUCCGUUGCCGACAUCGCCAUCUACCAGAAGCUUGCGCCAGUCGUGUCGAAAUGGAGCGCAGAGGAGAGAACCGGCGAGCAGGGAUACCACCACAUCGUUCGCCAUGUCGACUUUGUCCAGAACUCGCCGUUGUUCGGACUGAAGCUCGACGAGAAGGUCAACGUUGAGCUCGACAAUGUCGUUUUUAAGAUCAAGCCUGUAGACGCAAAGGCCGAGAAGGAGCGCAAGAAGAAGGAGAAGGAGGCUGCCGCUGCCAAUGCCGUGGCCUCUGGCGCCACACCGACGACUCUGACCGGAGAGCAGGGAGCCACCAAGGGUGGACAGGGCGGCAAGAGCGCGAAGGAGAAGGCCAAGGGCCUGGCACAAGCAGCUGGCGAAGCUGUCGCGGGCACCGUCACUGGCAAGCCUACUUCAGGUGGUGCGCCAGAGGGUGCGCCAACCCAGAAGAAAGAGAAAAAGGAGAAGAAGCCCAAGCCACAGAAAGCCGCACCCGUAGAAAAGCCCCUCUCUCCCGCCCUCAUCGACCUCCGCGUCGGCCACAUCCUCAAAGCCGAAACCCACCCCAAUGCCGACUCCCUCUUUGUCUCCACCAUCGCCUGUGGCGACGCCCCCGGCACCGACAACACUUCCGAAUAUGACGGCCAGGUCGUGCGAACCGUGUGCUCAGGUCUCAAUGGCCUGAUCCCGCUGGCAGAGAUGCAAAACCGCAAAAUCGUCGCAGUAUGCAACCUCAAGCCCGUUACCAUGCGCGGCGUCAAGUCAUGCGCCAUGGUCCUUGCUGCGUCACCCAGAGUCGCAGAAGGCGAAGACUCGCACAAGGGACCUGUGGAACUGGUCAACCCACCUGAGGGAGCAAAGGCUGGUGACAGGAUAUACUUCGAGGGCUGGGAGGGCGAGCCGGAGCCGGUGCUGAACCCGAAGAAGAAGGUCUGGGAGAUGAUCCAGCCGGGCUUCACAACUACGGAUGCACUCGAGGUCGCUUUCGACGUGGGUGUUGUUCCACAGUUGGCGGGUGAGGGUGCGGAGAAGAAGAGUGGUGUUGCGAAGUUGAGGACGAAGGAGGGCUUGUGCAGUAUCCCGACGCUCAAGGGCGCGGUUGUGCGAUAG